CUCUUCGAAAAUUUCAGCUAGCUAGAUUUAUGACAAACCAAAAGGCCCAUAUACAAAGUGCAGCCAGUAUAAAAACUUUACUAUAUAAACCCCUCCCUCAUUUUACAUAUUUGUUUGCAUCAAACCAUUACCUUGUUCCCUUUGUGUGUCACAAGAUAUGAACCUUUUCAUUCUCUGCUUCUGUUUGAAUUCUAUAGUUUGCUAGCUAGCUGAGGCAACUUUAUGGAUGAUGAUAAAAGUUGUUCAAGCUCAUUUUCAAUCGGGAAGAGUGCACAAGAGAGGGGCUUGUCAUAUGUACCCGAGUGCUAUGUAAUUCCAACUUCACAUCGUCCAAGUUUGACUCCAGAGGUUGCCAAUGUCCCCACUAUUGAUUUUGGCAAAUUGAAACAAGGUUCUCAUGAACGAGCAAUAGUUAUUCAAGAAAUCAGAACAGCUUGUUGUCAACUAGGAUUCUUUCAAAUUGUCAACCAUGGAAUCUGUCAAUCGGUGUUAGAUGAGGCUCUUGCUUCGGCCUCGGAAUUUUUCAAGUUGCCAGGUUCUGAGAAGGCCAAGUUCAUGUCUAAUGAUGUUCACAAGCCAGUGAGGUAUGGGACAAGCUUCAAGGAUGGAGUUGAUAAGAUUCAAUUUUGGAGGGUGUUUCUUAAGCAUUAUGCUCACCCCUUGGCAGAUUGGAUCAAUACCUGGCCUAACAAUCCAUCUAACUAUAGGAAACCAUGGGAAAGUAUUGCAAAGAAGUGAAGAAACUAAGCUUGGAGAUAACGGAAGCCAUCACUGAGA